AUGGCCCAACCAACAAACACGCAGCUCAACACGAAACGAACGUGGACACGAGAUGGCUUCGUGAUCUCGACCGACGCCUCUCUAAUCCCCAUCGCAGCACUGACACAAGCCUUCGAGUCGUCACAACUCUACUGGGCGAAAGGGCUGCCCGAGGACGUGAUGCGCGAGAUCCUCGAACACUCACUCUGCUUUGGCCUCUACACUACCACAUCACCACCAACAACAACCUCUGGAGAGACACCCCCAGCACCACCACCGCCAACGAACCUCAUCGGCUUCGCGCGCUGCAUCACCGACCGCGUGACGCUCAUCUACCUGACGGACGUGUACAUAGCGCCGGAGCACCAAGGCCGCGGGCUCGGCAAAUGGCUGGUCAACUGCGUGCAAGAGGUCAUUUCCGACAUGCCGCAUCUGCGGCGCAGUCUGUUGAUCACGGGCGCCGGCGACACGGGAAAGCGCUUCUAUGGCGACUUGAUGGGCAUGCACGAGGUGAGUGCUGCGACGGGUGAUGCUGUUGUCUUGAGUGCGAGGGGGCCGGGGUGUUCGUUUUGA